AUGAAAUUGCCAUAGUAAAGAGAUGACUCACACGAAAUUAACGAUUUGUAACAGGCUAAUUUCUGUCAAAACAAGCAUUGAAGCUAGUUUUAUGGGAAGUACAUUUGUGCGGAUGUCACGUGAUCUUAGGUGGUGAAUUUUGCGCUUUUGUGUUCAAUUUCCGUUUAUCGCAAGUUUCCGGUUCGAUAUACUACAAAAACAACGAAUAUUUCAGUUGCCAGCACGAUUUUAGUAAACCUGGUAGAUAAUGAAGCGGGCUGCGUCCCCCCCGGUGGUCGUCAAUGAAGAUGGCACUGUGGAGAUUCAAGUGCUGGAGGAGAAGCGGGCUCGUACAGAGGAGGAAGUCUGUAUUGACGAGGGUGUUAUAUACGAAGAGGAGAUGAUUCAGCCUCAGCAGCCUCCUCCUCAGUAUCAGAACCUCAUCAUACAACACAUGGACAUUGCAGAGCCUCUGCUCACACUCAAGCGCCUCCUGGAAGUGCGGCUACAGUGCUCCCUUGCAGAGCACCAGUUCUAUUUGCAAGACAGCAUACAGCUGGAUGCCAACAAAAGCCUUGUAGAUCAGUGUGUGCAGGGAGACGGCAUGGUGCAGAUCAACCUGGAAGUCAAGUCACAGCCAGCAGGUGUCAAGCCUAAAAUUAACAUCCUGGACAUACUGAAGACAGCAGACGAGGUGGAGACGCAGCCAGUAGAGCCAGUCCCGGCAGCAACUCAGCAGAUUCAACAGGCUAACACAAAGGUAGUUAUCCCGCUACCAGAGGAGUCGGAGAAUGUCACACGGUGGAUCGUGGACCAGAACUUCCGCCGGGAACAGGAGAGGCUGAAGAUACCCUUUGACCCAGUCCAGUGGAGCGAGGUGCAUGUUCGGCACUGGAUACAGUGGGCAGUGAAGGAGUUCGCGCUGCAGGCUGUGGACAUCGACAGCUUCCGGUUGGACGGCAAGCAGCUGACCGAGCUCACACACCCAGAGUUCAUCAACUUCAUCCCUCAUGACCCGGGCGACAUUUUCUGGACCCAUCUUGAGCUGCUCCGAAAGUGUAAAUUUGUUGCCGUGAUGCAGCAGCCGACACCUCACGCCAUCACAACCAUCACAGUUUCCACGUCGGACACAGAAAAUCGUGUGAGAUCAUUAUCCAAAUCUUCCCGUCCAAGGUCUCCAAGAAUCACAGGAGAAGAACGUUUAUCUCCAGGAAACAGAACUGGGAACAACGGUCAGAUCCAGUUGUGGCAGUUCCUCCUGGAGCUACUGACGGACAAGGACUGCCGGGAGAUUAUCCAGUGGGUCGGGGACGAGGGGGAGUUCAAGCUCAACAACCCCGAGAUGGUGGCCCAGUUGUGGGGGCAGAGGAAGAACAAGCCCACCAUGAACUACGAGAAGCUCAGCCGUGCCUUACGUUACUACUACGAUGGAGAUAUGAUUGCUAAGGUGCAUGGGAAGAGGUUUGUGUACAAGUUUGUGUGUGACCUGAAGAUGUUGCUAGGCUACAAUGCAGGGGAGCUGAACCGACUGGUCGGGGAGUCGGCCGAGAAGAAGCUACAACGAGUGCGGGAGAACCUACGCCCCCUGGGUGUCAAACGUGUGGAUCAGAAGACACAGACCAUGUGCUAGACUGUGACAAGCCUUACCUGUGUAAACCAGUAGCAUAGUGUGCUGUCCAGUGGCACCAGAACUAUUCUCGUUCACACAGAACGUGUGGACACGAAAACAAUGACCAACCGGUGCCAUGACUGGGCGCCCCGAUUUACUUGAUGACCAGUGGGCAGCUACAGUGCUUUGUACAGAUAAACUGAAUUCCAUUGUGAGAUCUCAGCUGGGCGGUCAGCUAUGUGCUGCCAAUCUGUCCUGGGCUCUGUGUGUGUUUGUGUGAGAGUGUGCGAGAAGAAUUAGUUAACACCUGAAUCUUCAAUCAUUUCAGUUAACUUAUACAACAUGCUGUUAGGGGAGCAUGAUUUAAGGUAAAAGGAUAAGCCAAUAUUUGGUACCUAAAGAUAGGAUGAUGAAGAAAACAUGUUUUGUUCCCCUUAAAUUCGUAGUAGUUCCUUGACAGCAGUAUUUUUUAUUAUAGUUUAUGGAAUUUGAGGGUUUGAUCUGUGAUUUGAAGUUACAAUUAGGUAAUGUUUUGUCAAUUCAAUUAAUUCAAACAUUUUGGCAACUUAUUGCCAAGACUUACUGGAGAACUCCCUGACAAAGCCUCCAUGACUUGGUUGAUUGAUCCAAAUGAAACCGUGAUGGUUAUGUUCGUAACAUGUCUGAUGCAUUGAUGCAUCCUACGUUUCAUCCCCUGUCGGGAAAGUGGCUUAUAAAGGACGGUACAGCUGUUGUUGCUGUUUCCACAAUACAUUUUAGCAUAUCUUGAGUCAAUUUUGAUAAAAUAUUUGUGUACAAAAUAUUGCUUUGAAAAAGUGUGAACAUCGCAAGUAUGAUCACUCCAACUGACGACAGUGUUUAUUUACUUCCUUGUUCUGUUUUUAUUCUUGCUUUAAGACACUGUUUCUGAAUGGUUGAUCAGACUACCAAGGAAACCAAUUGAAAUGGGUAUGGUAAGAAGUCUUGGUAGGUCACACCAACUGCUCAGUUUAUAAUUCAGGACAAGUAGACUUUGUCUCCAGACAUGUGAAUAUUUACUAUGUGUUUGUCCAGGGACGAGUUCACAAUUUCUGUAUUUCCACAGCCCAGAAGAACCCCUUUGUCAUUCAUUAAACAGCAACAGCAUUCCUCAGUAAGUCGGCAAGAUAGCGGAGAACCCAAUCUCAAGAUAUGCAUUGUUUUCAUCCUUUAUAUUCUGUUGUUGCUUCCAUUAUCAUGUCCCUCAUGUUUUGAACAUUUGUAAAUAUUAUUUAAACAUUUCCUGACUCAGUUCCUUAUCAGUGCUAAGAAACCUGUUUUACUGUAUGAAAUACCUACUUAAUUCUGAUAAGGAACCCUGUUUCUACACUGCUUUGCAUGGGAUGAAUGAUUUCAUAUGGGCUGGAAUUUACCAUUGUGCUGCAUGCAUUUAAUGAGGUGGGGUUAGUUUAGUUUAUUAAAUUAAUAUUUUUACUUAACACAUGCAGAAACAAUGUUAAACGCAAUCAUCAUUAUCAUAUCAUCAACGCCCAUUUCAGAAUUUAAGAAAACAAAUUUGAACACAAAUUUGCUGAAAUUUCAUUCUGCAUAUAUGACAUGGGAUUACUAGAGGAACCGGUUUUUCUCAAGUCAUUGUUUGAGACCAAAUAUUUUAUAUACUGGUGCACAGACAUAUAGAUAUGAACAGGAUGGGUACUUUGGAGGCAUUGUAUUGGUGCUUUGUUGAUCCUUUGAAAGUAGUGUUUGGUUAAAAUAUUGAAAAAGUAAGUCUUGGGUAAAAUAGUGUUCUACUAAUAGGUUAUUUAUUGGUGUAGGAUUUCAUUUGAAAGACUUGAUUCAAUUUCAAUUUCAUGCCACUUAGAAAUGCUUAUGACAACAGCAAAGAAAAUGUUUUUGCUGCACUAGCUUGCAUGGUGUGGGGAUCUGCCGUCAUGGGUGAAGGUGUUCACUUCCUGUAGACAAACACCACCUAUUUUACAAGACAAUGCUGUCAAGAGGCAUUUAGGUUAUUACUUAUUCUAGUCAAAAACAUUUUCAUGUUUCCAAUAAUACAUUGACGACACAUCAUUUAUUUGAGAACCUGAAAUAUUUAACGAAAACUAAAAUUUCUUCCAAAUCGAAAAUAAAUUGUUUUUGAUUAUUUUUCUACCUUUAAAGUUUUGAUCAAUAACUGCUGAAAAGACACCUGAAAUAUUGUGUGGCCAGGGACACCAGUGCUGGAAAGGAAGAACGUAGCUAGAAAGAAAAAGAACCGGAUACAUUUGACACAGAUCCAGGGUAUUUGCCAUUUGCUUCACACAGCCUAGCUAGCAACUGUGCUUAGGGUAAUUAAGUGUUUCACUACUUGUACAAAUACUCUUGAUGAAAGCAUGAAGCAAAAUUUCUAAAUCAGCAAUUGUAAUACUUUUCGUGAAAGCAGUUUUAGCCAAAUUCAGACAAAUCGCAAAUGUUCAAUGAUUAUUGAUAGAGACUGUAUAAGACGGGAGUACCUUUUUUUUUUCUUUUGUAUAUUAACCCAAAUAUGGUUGCAUUUAUUGUGAUACCUACGAUGUAUUUGCAAGAUCAAGAAAAGUAAAUCAAGACUUGUAUCCUGAGUAUUUUCUUGUUAGCUGAAGCAACAUGUCAAAAAUAAUUUCAUUGUCUGUUGUUUGCCAGAAUUUGGAAAACAUUUAGACUGAUUGACCAAGUCAACAUUGGCUGUUGUUUAGUAUAGUGACUAAGGGGCCUGCCUUAUUUUGUAUUGACCAAGAGUAUUCUCAAUGAACAUUGCAGAAGAUGUAGUUUACAGUUAUUUCGUUCAUAACCAUUUCAUCCCAUGUGCAACAUGUGUUAAUACUCAUGUACAUAUUAUUCAACAUCAGACUAUGCCUCAACUUUUUGGGAACUGGUCAUUUAUUUUGGGGAGUCGCCAAAACUUAUAUAUUGAGGGGGGUUAAGAAAUGACAGUUCUAAAAUUGGAGCCUUGAGAACUUGUUUAAAAUUAUAGCCCUGCAAUGCUACUAGUCAGUGAGGACUACCCUCACUGAAUGUGUUCACUUGUCCUCAGACUCGUGAAGAUCCGGGAUAGAAUAGGUCUUCAGCAACCCAUGCUUGCCGUAAAAGGUGACUAUGCUUGUCGUGAAAGGCGACUGACGGGAUCCGGUGGUCAGACUCGCUGACUUGGUUGAUACAUGUCAUCGAUCCCAAUUGCGUGGAUGGAUGCUCAUGAUGUCAAUCACUGGAUUUUCUGGUCCAGACUCGAUUAUUUUACAGACCGCCAUCAUAUAGCUGGAAUAUUGCUGAGUGCAGCGUUAAACAACAAACAAACAAACAAACUUGUCCUCAUCACAAUUUAGUAGUGUCGGGUUAGCAAACUGGACUGAGGCUCCAGUUUUGAAGCAUUAAGAGGGUGGGAUAACUGCAGUCUGCCAAGCCAUUUUGAGAUGACUGAUCCUAUGUGUCUAUUGGCAUCAAUUUCAAUAGAUUUUGGUCUUGAUAAACUGUCAUUGGCUAAGCUUUCUAUCACAGAAAUAAGUAUUCCUGAACUCGAGUUUGUGGCUCAAGUAACAGGCUGUACCUGACACUCAUGCUUCUCAUAUAUCCUGAGUUUCUAUUAUUUCAUUGGUGCAGUAUGAUAAGCCAUUGGACAAACCCAACACUUGCCAACACCAUUGGCAACAGAUUCAGAAAGUCUUUUUCAGUACUGUCCGACCUAAUCCAUUCCAAUCUUCCUAAGGUUCAUGUUUUUGUGAUAGAUCAGAGCUCCAGAUAAGCUUUUGAUGUGGGUAUUUUACCCAUGCAUUUUUAAAUCAUUGGGUAUCAGUAAUUCUAUCUGGGUAUUCAAAUUUCUGUUACCCACUAGUUUUACACAUGUGGGUA